UGGGGACAUGGGGACCCCUGCCCUGCCAGCUCCAUGGACUGGCCAGCCAGGUCGAGACCCUUGGCCUCUGCUGAACUGGGACUCUGAGGGUGACCUCAAAACCGAGCAGUGGCCCCAGUGUGGGACAAGGUUGGCACAGCAGUGACAGCUCCAGGAGAUGGACAGGGUCACCAGGCACCUUGUGUUCCAGCAGCCACAGGCCUCGCACAGGCACGACUCCCUGGCAGAGCUGAGGGCCAGCAGUGAUGAUGAUGUGUUCAGCUCUGCCCAGCACAGCAGCCAGAGGGUGGAAAAUGGCUACAGCUGGAAGAGGAGGUCCCAGUCACCCUCGUAUUUCCUGGAGGGUGGAAGAGAUGUCUGGACCCCGUCCCCAGACAGGGAGUCCAAGCUGGAGGUGGUGAGAUCGGGAAGCCUGUACGACCUCCGGGCUUACAAGCGUGAGAGGAAACCCUCCAAGCUCUAUGAUGACGAGGAGCAAGAUCUGCACAGGGUCCCUCCACCCAACAUCUCCCCUGAGAAAGCCAGGGAGCUGGAAGAUGAGAGGAAGGAGGUGAUCCGGAGCCAGGCCAUGAGGAAAAGCUCCACCAUAGCGGAGAGGUGGAGCUCCAUGGAUGAGCUGGGCUCCAUCAGCAGCCCAGCUGAAGGCAGGCACACAGGCAGUGUCCCCACCAGCUUUGCCAUCUGGUUUGACAAACCCUCCCCAGGCAGGGCUGCAACGCCCGUUGACCCUGAGAAUAUUGACACGGAGCAGAUCAACUUCUCUGCGGCUCGGCAGCAGUUCCUGAUGCUGGAGAAGACCAACCCCGGCUCGUUUUUCAGCCCAGGGCAGCAGGCCAUGUCCCCAAGGCCAGAGUCAGUGACAAAAGUCUCCAGAGAAGAGUGGUACAGCCCUGAGAUGGCCACAAAGGGUACGAGAGGCUACAGCAGUGCUGGUGCAUCAAGCCAGAGCGGGACAGACAAGAGCGUUUACCAGGUUUACGGUGUGUCCUCAUACAAGACACCGGAGAAGGAGGAGGUUUAUACUCCCAGAAAAUCUCACACAGAAAGGUCACAUCCCAUUGGGAAGGUGUCCAUCCUGACCAAAUCAGGGUCCAGAGAAGACCUGGACUCUGGCUUGGGUGAGAUGUACACUGAAACCACUGCGGGCUAUGCCAGCGAUGGGAGCACCUCCAACGAGACCUUCAACGUGGAUGUGAGGGCCAGCAGCAACGGGACGAGGGUCAGCAACGAGACACCCAUCGAGAGGGAGAUCCGCAUGGCCUUGGAAAGGGAGGAGAACCUCUGGAAGGAAAGGGGGAUCCAGCGGCUGACCUCCAGCAGCGAGCUGGUGGAGAUCCAGACCAAACCUGUCCUCAACAUUCACGCGUCUCCCGGCCCCGGCAGGAAAGGGAAGGACAGAGGCCGCGCUUCCCUUUACGUGCAGAGGGAAAUUGAGCAGGAAACGAAGCGUGAGGAAGAUCUGAAGAGGCAGGGGAGGCUGCUGGGGGCCUAUGACAGGGGCACGCAGCAGGAGCUGGAGGAGCGCAGGAAGGUGUUCGAGCAGGAGGAAGCCCCCCCAGAGAAGCCCACUCCCCUGAAGCGGGCAGAGGAGAGGAGGAGCUGGCUUAAAGAGUUUGUGGUGGAGCAGCCCUCAAGCCCCACAGAAGACAGCAAGGCUGGGAGAAGCAUCCCCAGCUACACAGCCAGCAUCGCCCACUUCCAGCUGUCCCAGCCGCGCUUCGCCGCCAGCGAGAGGAGCCGCGAGCUGCCCUCAGUGUCCCCGCACGCUUCCGCCAGCGCCAGCAAAUGGGGGAGCGAGGAUUCCCAGGGAGGAAAACCUCCCAGCUCCACCCAGAGCCCCAGCAGCGCUGCUGUCCUGCCCAGGGAGUACUUGAACCUCUCCUUCUGGAAGCCCAAGGUGUCCUUCGUGGAGGACAUGGGCACGCAGAGGAGGGAGGACGGCCGCGAGGAGCAGUACCGGCUGCGCACCGGGAAGCCGCAAACAUCAGCGCUGAUCGAGGAGGAGAUCAGGAGUGACCUGCAGAGGGAAGAGGAGCUGCAGGAGCAGCGGAGGAGGCUGAUGGACACCUACGGCAGUGCUGCUCCUCAGGAGGGCUCCCGCUCACGGCACAGCUCUG